AUGUCUUCAGAGAAACCCAUCAACAGUGUCAGUGCUGCAAUUCAACAAAGCUUGCGACACAUAUCUCUUGGAACUCUAUGCAAAUCUAUAGCCACUUGGGGACUGAUCCUUUUAUUACUGCUCUACACUGUCUUGUUUAACCAUCCUUACUGUAGCCAGUCUUCGAAUAGAUUCGCUCUCUUUAAGCUCAAAUGGCCACCACUCUCACCUAAUAAUGCAACUACUUCUGCGAAUGUUACUACUACCCCUACAAGUAUCAGCCACAUUGUAUUUGCCAUGGUGAGUUCUGUGAACACAUGGAAGCACAGGAAAUCAUACGUGGAAUCAUGGUGGAGACCAAAUGUUACUCGAGGAUAUAUUUUCCUUGAUAGAGAUCCCUCGCAAAGAUUCCAUCCUUGGCCCUCAUCUUCUCCGCCUUUUCGCGUCAAUGCACCUGUCAAAUUUAGAUUAAACCGCAAAUAUGCAACACAGGUUAGAAUAGUACGUACAAUCAUGGAGACUUUUAUGCAGGGAGAUAAAGAUGUUAGAUGGUAUGUAAUGGCAGAUGAUGACACCGUCUUAUUUAUUGAUAAUUUAGUAGAGGUUUUAGCCAAGUAUAAUCAUACUGAGUACUUCUACAUCGGAAUGAAUUCGGAAAGUGUUAGCUCGAAUGUUAAUUUCUCGUUCGAAAUGGCAUUUGGUGGAGCUGGGUAUGCUUUGAGUUACCCUCUAGCAGAAGCUUUGUCCACGAAGGUGGAUGGGUGUAUUCAACGAUAUCCAAAUGUAUAUUCCAGUGACUUUAUUUUGCAGACGUGUUUGGCUGAUUUUGGAGUUCCUCUAACGCAUCACAGAGGCUUUCACCAGAUUGAUCUACAUGGGGACAUAUCAGGCCUUCUAUCAGCUCAUCAUCAGUCUCCUGUCCUCUCCCUUCACCACAUCGAUGUCGUAGAUCCAAUCUUCCCCUCCAUGAAUCGCUCUGCGUCCGUGAACCAUCUAAUGGAGGCUGCAAAAGUAGAUCAUUCACGGCUAUUGGAACAAACUAUCUGCUACCAAAGGAAAAACAACUGGUCUUUUUCUACCUCAUGGGGCUACUCCGCUCACAUAUACGAAAAUAUACACCCCCGAAGCUUUCUACUGCGACCUAUCGAGACGUUUAGACCGUGGCUGAGGAUUUUUAAGCCACCAUUCUAUAUGUUCAACACUCGAAGUCUCACCAAUGAUCCAUGCGACGCUCCUCAUGAAUUCUUCAUGGAAUCUGUCGAGAAAACCAGAGGGAACCAAGUUGUUACGACCUACACCCGAAAAUCACCACGCAAUUUGCCACCAUGUUCAUCAAGUGGCAAUCAUUCUGCAAAUCAUAUUUCCAAAAUUCAAGUCUUUUCAUCAGCAACAACAUUAAAAAAGGCUGGACUGAUGGAAUGCUGCGACGUUGAAGAGACACCAGACAUGAAUAUUACACGUAUCAAGUUAAGGGCUUGUAUGAAAGAUGAAGUCAUUGCCUGA